ACAUGCUGCAUAAGAUCCUGGAGGUUCCCGGCCUAGGCUUGGUGAGGGUGUCAGAGGCUGUGAGGAGCAUUCAUAAGCACCUGGACUCCAUCAGCGAGCCACUUGCCCGGCAGGAGCUGCUCAGGGCCCUUCUCCUGCUGGGUUCCCAGUUCAGCGAGGAGGUGGUCGGAACCCUGCUGGGCUGCUCACUGUCAUGUGACAGUGUUGCUGCGGAGAUGUGGAAGAUGCUGACAUCCCAGCCCAAGAGCACAGAAAAGAUCCUUAGGGAGCUGGUCAGCAGGCUGCAGGGGCAGGCUCCACGACGGCAUCAGCUCUCUCAGAGACCGGCCGGCGUCGCCUCCUUGGCCGCCACAAGAGCCCUAUAUGUGAUCCUGCAGGAGCAGGCCUGCAGGCAGGAAGUGAAGGAGCUCUUCCCUCAGCUCCCACGUCGCGCUGCUCUUCCACGUCACCCACACAGUGCAGCACACUGCUUCGCAGGAGAGGAGCAUAACCAGGAGGAUACGGCCGCACCCUCAGCCCCGUUCGCAGUGAAGGCCAUGGAAGCUUUGCUUCUAUGCGCUGGCUACAAGGAGCAGGCCACCUUCAUGAUGAAGCAUGGCCGCUGGGACCUGCUCAUGAGCUCCGACACGCACCACAAAGGUGUCUGCCUGCUUGCCCGGGCCAUGGUUUCGCUCAAUGUCGAGGAGCGAAACUGGAUUUUCCACCAUGUCAUGGCCAUCCUCAACGAUCGGGACGAUAGGCGGUACGUCCCGGCCGUGGCGCUCUUCAUUCAGCUCCUCAAGUGCCCUGACCUUGGCAGCGAGCUGGAAGACGCCAUCGUGGAGGAGAUGAGCGGGCUGCUGAGAGACCCCAAGACCAUGGUGCGCUGGUUGGCGCUCAAAGGCAGAGCGCCAGCUGCGGCUGUGCAAGUGGCUGCGCAACUCCUGCCGUUGUUUCAUGAUGUAAGGCCUGGCAGCUCACAGGAGAUCCCAUCAAACUGCAGACAUGUGACCAGCAAGCUCCAGGUGCUCUCCAUCACCCUUUUUAAAGACCUGCUGGAGCUUGUAAGGGGGCCCAACCGGAGGCAGAUGAAGGAGCAUGUGCUCCAGAGCCUGGUCCCACUGCUCCUCCUUGUGCAUGAUGAGCGUCCCAACGUGUCCCAGGUGUGUUGGGACACCCUCAGCAGUGCCGCCCAAUUCCUGAGGUGGCACCAGCUCAGUGGCCUCAUCCAGCACAAGGAAACCUGGCGAAGCUGUGACUGCCUGGUGAUCCACUACAAGGAGAGAGCUGAUGACUUCCUGGGCCAGACCAUGGCCUUCCUGCAGAACCCACAGACUCCAGUUAGGGAAGCAGCCAUCAGGUUCCUAGGGCUCACUGCCCGGAAGCUGGACCAGGGGAGCCAGGACAAGCUGGACGCCAUCUGCGACAACCUCAAAGGCUUGCAGCAGGACAGCAAGUCCUCAGUCCGAUGCCUGGCUUCUCAGACCAUCUUCAUCCUGGAGGCCUUCAAGAACCAGCCUCCAGCCUGCUGCAGCCUAUGGACAUUGGUCCAUAGGAUAAGAACAAUGUGCACUGCGGAGAGCCAGCUCAUUGAAGCUGCCCAGCUGCCCUAGGUCUGGGAAAAGCCAGCCUCCCUUCUCUGGGGGCUUGGUGCAUCAGAGCCCACCUGGAGCAAGGUGGAACACAUGGCUUCUUCCCAACUGGCUGCCUGCCCUGCCCAGCCAUGUGAGUAGUUAACUGCUCGAUAGCUUUCAUCAUCAUGUACUUUUGGACAGGUUUCCAUGCACCGUGUUGCAUUUAUGUCCUGCCCUCCGUCCCCAUUUCCAGUCGUGUACGUUUUUGAUGCCGUCGGCCAUUUUGAAAAUUUAUUUUGUAUUAUUUUUCUGUGUUUGGCCGGGGGAAGGUUGUGUGCUUGUGUUUUGACAUAUUUAGAGAAAAAGUACGAAUGAGUAGAAAGAGAGGCUGUAAAGGGUUUGCAGUCCCCCCCCCCAGGCUCCACCGUCCAUCCAUCUGGGUGGGAGACCACACCCCUUGCUAUGAUACUUCCGGGUACGGUGGUUCAGGGGAAAAUUAGCUCAGUGUUAAUGGCUCUAGCCUGCAGUCAGGCCAAGUAACGGUAGAGAGUCUGUUUGCCCGGGGCCCUCAAUCAGGGCAGGGUGUCAGUCGAGAAGGGGAUCUGUCCUACAGUCAGGCAGGCAGAGCAGCAGGAGGUCCAUUUGCCUGGCCCUUGAUCAGGGUAGGGCAGCAGUCAAGUAGGGGGGCUCUGGCCUACAGUCCGGCAAAGCUGUCGCAGUCUAGGGGAGGUUAGCUCUCUGGUGGGAAUGUCAGGACAACCAUCUGGCAUCUGGAUUCAGGUGGGUGCCAGACCAAUUCAGGCCUCCUGACAACCAGGGGGGAGGCUGCCACUCCUGAAGUUGAGGUGGUAGGGGCAGAGGAACUCAGGUCCUCCCAUUCCACUGCAUCCCAGCCCAGGACCCUAACAGCAGUGGAGUUGUCUGCCACUGGGUCAGUGGGGAAAGUCCAGCCGCCACACGCUGGCUGGCUUGUAGUCAAUAACACAGCCAAACCUAAUUCUGCUUCCCUUGGCUCCAUCCAACACACCCAUUCCGUUUGUACAUGGGUUCCAGGGUUGUUGUUCGCUUCGCUGGGAUAGACAGCUAGUGGCAGCCCCCCCAGCUCCUCGGAGAUCCUGGCAUCUGGCAGCUUUGUCAGCACCUCUGGGUCUCUGUCAGGAGAGCGGUCUCCGUUAGGUCUGGGCUCACGCAACGGGGAAGAGACGUCCUGCUCCUCAGGCAGCCCUCCCCCGACUGAGCUGGAGGACCAGCCUUUUAUAGUUCCGCUUCCUGUCCCACCCCUCUGCUUCCAGCGGGGAGGCCAU